UAGCACCAGCACGUUUAAAAAACAAAAAAAAGAAUCAGUUCCUCUUCUUAAUACCUAAAUUAAAUUCGAUUUUUGAGACAAAAGCUCGACAAGUCGUCGGCGGCGGUGUAAAAAUCAGUCGGAGCUAUGGCGAUGCAUGCCGGAGUUGGCUUAUCCAGGAUCUUUCUCUUAGCCGGAGCAGGUUAUACCGGUACGAUCAUGAUGAAGAACGGCAAAUUGUCAGAUUUGUUGGGUGAAUUGCAGGGUCUGGUGAAGGGAAUGGAGAAAUCUGGAGAAGGAUCUGAAGGAGAUUCUGAUGUUUCUGAUGCUAUAGCUGCCCAGGUUCGCCGGUUGGCUAUGGAGGUUCGACAGCUAGCUUCGCAGCAGCACAUAACGGUCAUGAAUGGGGUUUCUGGUGCAAACCUACAAGCUCUUGCUGUUCCUGCUGCGGCAUUGGGAGCUCUCGGAUAUAGUUAUAUGUGGUGGAAGGGACUCUCAUUCACUGACCUUAUGUAUGUGACAAAAGCCAACAUGGCUGCUGCUGUGGCUAACUUGACAAAGAAUCUGGAGCAAGUUUCUGAGACCCUUGCGGCUGCGAAAAGGCAUCUAACACAAAGGAUUCAGAAUGUGGAUGAUAAGGUAGAAAAGCAGAUUGAUCUCUCCAAGGAAAUCAAUAGCCAGGUCAUUGCUGCUCGUGAGAAUAUCAACUCACUUGAGAUGGAUUUGGAAUCAUUACAUAAUUUGAUUACUGGACUGGAUGGGAAGUUGGACACGCUAGAAUACAAGCAGGAUGUCACAAAUGUUUUCAUGCUACACUUGUAUAACUAUUUUGGAGGCAAGAGCACAAAACUGCCUGAAAUGGAACAGCUUCAGCUUCCUGUAAACCAGAGGGCUCGUAAUUUGCUUGCAGAUGUUGAAACCAAGGGUCUGAAAAACUUGACUGACGAGCUGUUUGAAAGCAAUGGCACACAGGUGACAACCACAGUGAAACAAAUCAGUUUGAGUAAGGUCAAUGUGAAGUCGAGGCCAUUGUUAUCAAGGGCUGCUUCAGCUAGGUGUUGAUAUGGAAGUUUUCCUGAUGGCGGUUUGGCUUGCGGGAUGUAUAUAACAAAACUCUUACUUAUACAAAUGGUCUCGUGAGCCGUACAAAGCUCUCUUAUAUUUAUUCGUUGGCUUGGCUAUUCCCCCCCCCCUCCCCCCCCCAAAACUUGGAUCUUAUGAUAUUUUGGUUUGCACUUUGGAGGUUUUUCCUUGAACUCGAGUUUGUUUAUUGACAUGGACAUGUGAUGUGUCCACUUUUGAACUUUGGAGCAAUUUUAAAAUAAAGUUGAUGUGGGGGUUAUAUUAUAUA